AUGGCCGCCAAGUCUGGCAAUGGCAAACGUGAUGCGUCACUAGGCGUGUCCAACACCGGUACCACCUACACGGCGAGCGUGGGCGUCGGCAGCCCUCCUACGCAGUAUAAACUCAUCGUUGAUACUGGGAGCUCGAACACCUGGGUUGGGGUUAACGGGGUUUACGUUCAGACGAGUACGUCUCAUGCUACCAGCGAUAAAGUCAGUGUGACGUACGGAAGCGGUUCGUUUUCUGGGCAAGAAUACACCGACGAUGUGACGCUCGGCAGCCUCACAAUAAAGAGCCAGUCCAUUGGUGUUGCGAGUAGUUCUUCCGGUUUUGAUGGCGCCGAUGGUAUUCUUGGGAUUGGGCCCGUGGACCUCACCAAGGGCACGCUCUCCCCAGACGACUCUGCGACUAUCCCGACUGUGGUCGAUAACCUGUACUCGCAGGGCUCGAUCCAAAGCAGCGUGCUUGGCGUCCAAUUCAAGCCUGUGGGCAUAUUGGAGGGCGAGGGCAAGCUGGACUUUGGGGCUGUGGAUACGGAGGCGAUCGACGGCGACGUCAUGUACGUCCCGAUCACGACCACGUCGCCUGCGAACGAGUUCUGGGGGAUCGAUCAGAGCAUCACGUACGGCGACUCGACGAGUAUCCUCAGCUCGACUGCCGGUAUCGUCGAUACUGGCUCUACUCUCGUGCUCAUCGCGACUGAUGCUUUUGAGCGGUAUCAACAAGCCACGGGUGCUGUCACGGACAACGUUACUGGCCUCCUCCGCAUCACGCUAGGGCAGUACGAGAACUUGAAGGACCUCAACUUCAAUAUUGGCGGUGCGACGUUCCCGCUUACGCCCAACGCCCAGAUUUUCCCUAGGUCUCUGAAUGCGGAGAUCGGAGGCUCGACAGAUGCCAUUUACCUGAUGGUGGGCGAUCUUGGCUCGUCUUCGGGCGAUGGGCUAGACUUUAUCAACGGAUAUGCGUUCUUGGAGCGGUACUACUCGGUCUAUGAUACGGAUAACAAGCGAGUCGGGCUCGCACGCACAGGGCACACCGACUCGAAGUCUAAUUGA